CUCUUUCACCUUGUCGUCUUUCACUUCCGUCAUAGAUUUUGACACUGGCUACUUCUUUUUUGACCACGUAGUCUAUCUAUCCUGACAGUACAAGAUGACAUUAGAGGCAAUACGUUACAACAACGGAUCUUUGAUGUUGCUGGACCAGUUAUUAUUGCCCAAUAAGUCAGAAUAUAUCCAGAUAAAAAACACAGAAGAUGGAUGGAAUGCAAUAAAGAAGAUGCAGAUUCGAGGAGCACCUGCCAUUGCUGUUGCAGGAUGUUUAAGCCUAGCUGUAGAACUGAUACCAAAACAAUUUGGUAAUGUAAAAGAGUUAGUGGACUUUGUAGUGACAAAGUUAGAAUACCUAGUAACCUCCAGACCAACAGCUGUCAAUAUGCAAGAUGCUGCUAAACUAUAUACUGCUAGGAUGACAGAGUAUGCUAAACAACCAGAUCUCACUGUAGAUGUCAUCAAAAAUAAAAUAAUUACUGAGAUUGAACAGAUGCUUGACGAAGAUGUUAAUGUAAACAAAAGAAUGGGACAAUAUGGUGGAGAAGAUAUACUUAGUAGCCUGGGAAACAGUUCAGCUACUGUUCUGACACAUUGCAAUACUGGUUCCUUAGCAACAGCAGGUUAUGGCACAGCACUAGGAGUUGUACGAUAUUUGCAGAGCAAACAAAAGUUGGAUCAUGUUUACUGUACAGAAACCAGACCAUACAACCAGGGAGCCAGGUUAACAGCUUAUGAAAUAGUCUAUGAAAAAAUGCCAGGAACAUUGAUCUGUGAUAGUAUGGUAGCCAUGUUGAUGAAGAAAAAUAAAAUUUCGGCUGUUGUUGUUGGUGCAGACAGAGUGGUUGCUAAUGGUGAUGCUGCCAAUAAAAUAGGGACAUACCAAAUAGCCAUAGUGGCUAAACAUCAUGGUGUGCCAUUCUAUGUAGCUUGUCCAUCCACUACAUACGAUGACACUUUACCUGACGGAGAUCAUAUUGUUAUAGAGGAAAGACCACAUGGAGAAAUGACUUCUGUAAAUGGAACUAGAAUAGCUGCCCCAGGUAUUGGUUGUUGGAACCCAGCCUUUGAUGUCACUCCAGGAGAGCUUAUUACAGGAGGGAUAAUUACAGAAUUUGGUGUGUUUAAACCAUCAGAGCUUCAACAAAAAAUCAGACAAGCAAAAUCCUAAUGAUAUUUGUUACAAUAAAUUUUAAUGCUUUUGCUCAAAUUUUAUUGAUGAACCAAAUAAAUAAUCAUUGUUUAUUA